AUGGGCGCGCGGUUGUCAACCUCCCAGCGUGAGUCCGUUCAUCUUUGUUUCGCGUUUCUGUACGGCGCAGAUCUCCCGUUCAAGGAACGGGAGAUCAAAAGCCUGAUUCGCUGGGUCUCCUCCCAGUUCAAAAACUUCUCCCCCGAGCAAUGCAAGGACCUCCGAUUUUGGGAAGAGGUCCUACGUAAAUUAUCUAAUCUGGCCCGCUCGGAGGAGAUAGAUAUUACUAAAAGGUUAAAAUUGGCACAACACCUGCAUUGGGUGGCGCAGCUUGUCGCUGCGUUGAAAAUCAAGCAGACUAAAGAGCGGGGAGGACACUCAGCUGCUGCCGGGGCUCCUGUCGCCCGGCAGCGUUCCAUCAAAAGGCGCGCCUCGGUUAAAAGUUCGGUUGAGAGUUUGGUUGUUCCCCCAGUUUCUGUCCCUUCAAGUGCUCCUACCCCUCAACCCUCUCCCGCUACCCCCAAAAGCACCGGGAUCCUGAGGCGGGCAGCCCCGAACCACAGACGGCCUCCCGAUCCAUCGGAGGGCCCGUCUCAGGCUUCCCAAUCCCCCCACUGCCGGCGAUCAUCGGCCGGAUCGCUGGCAGCCUCUCCUUGUCCCUCGCCUUCCCCGAACCCCCGUUUCCAAGUUUUAAAAUCCCCCAAGUUAAAUUCUAAAGUCCGCUUCGUGGUCCCCCCACAAGAUGGCUCCUGUGGAGCACAAGAUGGCGGGGACCACGAGGCACCGUGGCGGGACUCCCUUUCCCACUUUCCCUCGGGCCGACCAUCGCCCAACCCCUUCCUCCCGCUUCCCAACCCCUUCCUCCCUGAAGACCCGCCCACCUAUACCUCCUCCCCCUGGUCCACCCCUCCCGUUGCCCCUCCUUCAGCCCCGCCUGUGGCUCCGCCUGCCGCUCCGCCGUACCACCUGGCACCACCCCCGUCUUCCGUGACCUCCCAGCUCCUCCCACCGGGUUCCGGUUCCCACGCCUCCACUUCCGUUUCCCACGAUCCGCCAUCUUGGCCGGAUCUGGGGGCGGGGGGGGGGAGCGUGGGAAAUUCGGAGCCUGAUGUGCCUGAUUCAAUCACGGCGGCCCCGGUGACUUUUCACCUGCGGCAAGGGGGGAGGUGGGACAUCCGGUGGACCCCAGUUUCAAGGGCAGUCAUUCGCGAGCUGUGCAAGACCCAAAAGGAGUUUGGGUCUGCCAGCGAAUAUUUUAAAGGUCUCCUGAAUGCUACCCUCCGGGAAAAUGAACUCGUUCCUUGUGACGUGAGGCAAAUUUUCUCAUGCUUACUAAACGAGUCUCAGUUUUCCCGGUGGGAAGAGGGAUGGAGACAAGCGGUGGCUGACCUGCUCCCGGAGAUUUUGGCCCAGCCGAAUAUCUCCAGGGAUGCCAACGGGAAUCUCCUAACAGUUGAACACCUCUGCGGGUUAGGAGAUUGGGAGAAAGGGCAGCAGGCGGCAGAGCUAAUACCAUCUGAAGCUCUUGAAAAAUCAACACAGGCGGGGGCCCAAGAAUUUUUCAAGGUGCUUGUUGGUGUUCCCCAAACCCCUGUCUUUUUGUUACAGCAAGGCCCUGAAGAGUCGUUUGACGACUUCGUCAUGCGGCUACAAGCCGCAGCGAGGUUCGAAAACGUCUCUGAGGGGACGAGGCAGGAGAUGGUGGCUGCAAUCGCGGCCUCUAAUGCUAACGCUGCUUGUAAAGCGGCAAUUCUCAGCCUUCCGUUACAGCCUGCACCAACUUUAAAGCAAAUGCUCCUGGUUUGUGCGAGGAAGGUGCCCGCGCUCCGCCAGACCACCGCGGUGAAGACUCCGAGUGCGGGAAAGCGAGUUUCAGUAGCGGAGGGGCCAGAGGUCUUCAUGUACAACCCCGAAGACCCCAUUGAAGUGGCCGCCAGUCAGGGACCCGGCACGCCGAGGCAGCAGAGGGGGCACUGCCACCUCUGCUCCAAAGAGGGGCACUGGAUGCCCGACUGCCCCCUGCGCAAAGCAUUUUAUCAGUUUCGCAGGGAGCACGAGUCGGGCGGCUCUACCAAGGGGGCCCCCUCUAGUUCCCAAAAAAACUAG